CACAGGGCUGUGUUUGCAGUAUCGCUUCUGUCUGCUUUGCUCCUCCACGAAACAAAAUGCGAUAUGAGGAGUGAUUUACUCCUUCAACUUAAAUCCAUAACUGGGGCUUGUCCAAAGACCAAAUGCCUGUUCAUUUCAUGGAGUCAUAGAAUCAUUAAGGUUGGAAAGACCACUAAGGUCAUUGAGUCCAAGCACCCCAUGCCCAGGCCGCUGUGUAUGGCAGCCCCAGGCCAUGCGGUGGUGUGAGGUCUGUGGUGCCGGGUGCCGAUGUGGGGCUGCAUCAGUGCUAACGCUCUCCCUGUGUGCCAAGGAGAACCCACUCGUGUCCUUGGGACACCAAGGCUGCUCCCAGGUGGUGACAGCUUCCCUCCUCAGCCACAGGGCAGAAAUUCCUCUGUUUCAUCCAGUUCUGACAGGCCUUUGUUUUUCAAUCUGCAAAGAGUUUUUAAACAGGAGCGUGUUCUGCACGAGGGAGUCCAACCCUCACUGCGGCACGGAUGGCGUGACGUACGGCAACAAGUGCGCCUUCUGCAAGGCCGUGCUGAGGAGUGGAGGGAAGAUACGGUUGAAGCACAUGGGGAAGUGCUGAGCCUGAGCACCAAGCACUGAUCCUCGUCGGUCACAGGCACAGGAGCCUGGGCACGGCAGCAGCUGUCCUUGUCUCUGCCAUCUCUGCUCAAUAAAAUAGAACUCAGCACAACUCUUUGGCUGGAUUCCUU